CGCACGAGCCCCGUUGAACAUGACCACCACCAUCGUCCUCAUCACCGGCGCCAACACAGGCAUCGGCUUCCAAAUCGUGCGCGCCCUCAGCGACUCCAGCAAACCCUACCACAUCCUCGUCGGCGCGCGCUCACCCACCAAAGCCCACGAAGCCAUCAAAGCCGUGCAAACAGAAUUCCCCACCUCAUCAAGCACCCUAGCCCCAAUCCAAAUCGACAUCGAAGACGACACCUCAAUCCAGAGUGCCUACAACGAGAUCUCAAGCACCCACGGCCGAGUGGACGUGCUAAUCAACAACGCAGGCGCCUCAUUCGAACUCCAAGCGCAGCCCAACACCCCCCAGUCGGACCGCGAAAUCUGGAACAAAUCCUGGAACGUCAACACAACCAGCACACAGAUCAUCACCUCGACCUUCAUCCCGCUCCUCCUCCGCAGCGCCAACCCACGCUUACUCUUCCUCACCUCAGGCACUGCAACGCUAGCCGGCACGGAGAACCUGGCUAUCGCCGUGAACCGCCCGCCCGCUGCGACCGGGUGGCCGAAACCAGCGCCCCUCGGGGUACCGGCUUACCGGUGCGCGAAGACGGGGCUGAAUAUGCUGAUGCGCGAGUGGCAUCGCGUGCUUAAGCCGGAUGGGGUUAAGGUAUUUGCGCUCUCGCCUGGAUUGCUUGCGACGGGGCUGGGCGGGAAUCCCGAGUUGAUGAGGGCUAUGGGGGCGGCGGAUCCGGCGGUUGCGGGGCCGUUUGUGCGUGCGGUUGUGGAGGGUGAGCGUGAUGCGGAUGUUGGGCGGGUUUUGACCAGGGACGGCGUUCAGGAGUGGUGAGGUUCGUAUGUGUAACAGAGUGAACUCCGCGGUAUUUCAUGCGAUGUGGAAAGGGUGUCUAGACACAAUUCAGAGCUAGCC